AUGAAUAUAACUUUUCUCACAAAGUUUACGAUCAGUUUAAGUGUCAAAUUGAUAUUGGAUGAUGGGGGUCAGACAUUCAUAUCUUACGCGACGACCGAACAUUAUAACGAGAUACUAUUUUAUCGACGGGAUAAAAAGUGGUAUCUUACCGUACAGAACGAAAAAAAAACUUUCAACGUCGAUUUCACCCCAGCAAAACAAUGGCAUCACGUGGUCGUCACGUGGGAAAGMGAUGAUGGCAAAACCCAAUUAUGUAUCGAUGGUAUAUCAAUCUAUUCUGAUGAUUCCAAUGAUAAUAAUAAACUGAAAGGUUUACAAGUAAAGGGAGGUGGGUUGUUUGUUCUUGGGAAUGAUCAGGAUACAUAUGGCGGUGGUUUUAAAGAAAAUGAUGCCCUUGUUGGGCAACUUUCUCGUGUUAACGUGUGGGAUAGAGUCUUAUCUGGAGACGAGAUCAAUAGCCUGGGUGAAUGCAGUGAUGAAGAUGGUACAGUCGUUGCUUGGAAGGACUUCCGCAUGGCCACCUUACAUGGGGAAGCAACUUUAGUAGAGCCCUCCCAAUGUGCAGGACCCCCGGCAGCAAAGGCCCACAUUUAG